AUGCCUGCCCCGCCGCCUGAUCUCCGACCCACCGGCUGCCCCCCAGGACUGGAAUACCUGAUUCAUGUCGACCAGCUUCUCGUCCAUCAGACUUUUCAUCUGGCCGAACUGCUGGGUUGGGAGGUUAGAAAUUCCUACAUUGUGAAGAACAGUAUCGGGCAACAAGUGUUUCUGGCGGAAGAGGAGAACAACUGCUGCACCCUACAGUGCUUUGGCCCCAGCCGACCUUUCACCUUUCACAUCCAGGACAACCUGGGGCAGGAGGUGUUGACCCUGAUGCGCCCUCUUGCGUGCAGCUACUGCUGCUUCCCCUGCUGCCUGCAAGACCUGGAGGUGCAGAGUCCCCCCGGUAUUCCAAUAGGGUAUGUGGUGCAGGAGUGUCACCCGUUCCUGCCCAAACUCACUGUGCUGAACGAGAGGAGACAGCCUCAGCUGAGGAUCAAAGGGCCGCUGUUUUUCUGUAGUUGUUGCAGAGACGUCACAUUUGAGGUGAAGACUCUGGAUGACUCAAUGUUGAUAGGACACAUCAGUAAGCAGUGGUCCGGCUUCCUGCGCGAAGCCUACACGGACGCAGAUCAUUUUGGAAUCGUGUUCCCAAUGGACCUGGAUGUGAAGAUGAAGGCUGUGCUGCUGGGAGCCUGCUUCCUGAUUGAUUUCCUGUAUUUUGAGGAAAGGAAAGGAGACAAGAAACAUUGA